AUGGAGGAGUUGGUAGAGGAUGACAUCUGUAUUUUGAACCAUGAAAAAGCAGACAACGCACAUAAGAGAGACGGGGAGAUUCCUGUUCCGUCUUACAGUGGAGAUGAGUCUGUUGCCUCACACUUCGCACUUGUCACUGCAUAUGAAGAUAUUAAGAAACGACUGAAGGAGACAGAGAAGGAGAACUCCUUCUUGAAAAAAAGAGUGAGAAUUCUAGAGGAGAAGCUGCUCAGCUCCCGACGGGAAGAGGAAUGCAGUUCAGUUGGACGUGAACAAGUGAACAAGGCAUACCAAGCCUAUCGAGAGGCCUGCAUUGACCGAGAUAAUCUGAAAAGCAAACUGGAUAAAAUGCGGAAAGAAAGUGCAGAAUCCUUGAAAACCUUGAAUGAACAGUUGCAGUCUAAAGAAGUAGAGCUGUUACAACUAAGAACUGAAGUAGAAACUCAGCAAGUGAUGAAAAAUCUGAAUUGUACUCAGUCCAGCUGCGAAAUAGAGAAGCUGAACAGUGACCUGAAAGUGCAUAGUCUGGAACAGGAUAUAGAAAAGCUCAAGGAAGAGUGCAACAGUCUCAGAAAGGAGUUGCAAAAAUCCAAGCAGAUGAACCAGACUCAAGAUGAAAAUCCAUUAAAUGGAGCCCUCCCUCAAAGGCAAGACAUCCAGAGUGUGCAACAAGCGUAUUGGGAACUGAAGAGAGAAAUGUCCAAUUUGCGUCUGGUGACUGAUGUGCAAGCUGAGGUUCUACAAAAACUGAAAACAAACCCCACAGUGACCAAGAAAGCUGCCUCUACUGCACCAAUACAGUGUGUUGACUUGAACAUUUCAAAGCUGAAUUUGACAUCUGCAGUAGCCUAUAAAAAACUCUCACAGAAUGAUCAAGUCCUCUGCAAUGCUGUGUCCCCGCCUCUGCCGAGAGAUGUAAAAAUCCCAUCUGAGAGGGUGACUCUCCAAGCAUGGACAGAUGAGAGACCCGUUCCAGUUGAUGGCAAAAUGUUUCAGGAACACCAUUCUUACGGAAAGAGCUCUCUGGAAGAUAAUUCCUGGGUAUUCCCAAGUCCUCCAAAGCCUAACGAGAAUGUCUUUUGGGAAAUGAAAAAUAAAACCACCUUGUUAAACUGCCCAGCAGAUUACCUGGAUCAGUGUAAUCAAAACUGUGUGCACAAGAGUUAA